AUGGGUAAGUUGUUGGAGGAGAAAAGGAAACAUAUUUAUUGGACUCCUUGUGCAGCUCAUUGUAUUGAUUUGAUGCUUGAAGAUAUUGGGAAGCUUCUCUUGAUAAGGAAGACAAUUAGAAGGGCAAUUAAUCUAGUUGGGUUUAUCUAUGCCCAUUCUAGUGCCUUAAGUUUGUUGAGAAAUUUUACAAACAAGAGGGAAUUGGUGAGACAUGCUAUUACUAGAUUUGCCACUUCUUAUCUAACCUUGGAAAGGCUCCACAAAGAGAAAGACAAUAUUAGAAAGAUGUUUACUUCUGAUGAAUGGACCUUGAACAAGUUAUCUAAGGAGCCUAAGGGAAAAGAAGCUGCAAAGGUAGUGCUCAUGCCUUCUUUUUGGAAUAGUGUGGUUUACACUCUUAAAGUCAUGGCUCCACUUGUGAAAGUGCUUCGUCUUGUGGAUGGUGAAAGGAAACCAGCCUUGGGCUAUAUUUAUAAAGCAAUGGACAAGGCAAAAGAAACAAUUAUUAAGUCUUUCACCAACAAUGAAAGCAAGUACAAAGAUGUGUUUGCAAUCAUUGAUAAAAGAUGGAAUUGUCAACUUCAUAGGCCAUUGCAUGCAACUUUCCACUUCUUAAAUCCAUAUUUCUUUUAUGACAACACUGAUUUGGAGUUUGAUUUUGAGGUCACCAAUGUUUUUUUAGAUUGCAUUAAGAAUUUGAUUCCACAAUUUGAUGUGAAACAAAAAAUUCUAACCGAGUUGCAUCUUUACAAGAUUGGUGCCGAACACUUUGCAUAUUGGUGGCGAAUGUUUGGGUCACAAACUCCAAAUUUGCAAAAGCUAGCUAUUAAAAUUUUGAGUUUGACUUGCAGUGCUUCAGGAUGUGAAAGAAAUUGGAGUGUGUUUGAGCAAAUUCAUUCCAAAAAAAGAAUUAGGCUUGAGCACAAGAGGUUGCAUGAUUUGGUGUUUGUCAAAUACAACCAACAAUUGAAGCAAAGAUAUAAUGCAAGAGAUGAAAUUGAUCCAAUUUCUCUUAAUGAUAUUGAUGUGUACAAUGAAUGGCUCGCUUCGGGGGUUAGAGAGUGUAGGAUGUAUACUAGGUGGAAAAAGCAAAAAACAACAAGUGUUGCUGCUGCCCAAACUUCUAAAAAACGGGCAAUGGUUGUUGAAUCUUCAUCAAGGAAGCAAAAAGCAGUCCAAGAAAACGACGAGGAUCUAGAUUUUAAGGAGAAUAUUGAACUUGAAUCUGAAGAAGAAGAAAUCAUGAUCAAUUUUGAGGCGUCUGAUGGAGAAGAGGGAGAGGGAGAUGCUCCAUUACCUUAUGAUAACAACAAAGAUGAUUAUAUUGGAAUUGGAGAAGAUGAUUAG